AUGCCUCGUGGACUUAACGCGGCGCGCAAGCUGCGCCUUAACCGUAAGGACCAGAAGUGGUCUGACCUUGGAUACAAGAAGCGCGCCCUCGGUACCGCUUUCAAGUCCUCUCCCUUCGGUGGUUCCUCCCACGCCAAGGGCAUCGUCCUCGAGAAGGUCGGUGUUGAGGCCAAGCAGCCCAACUCCGCUAUCCGAAAGUGCGUUCGUGUUCAGUUGAUCAAGAACGGCAAGAAGGUCACUGCUUUCGUCCCCAAUGACGGUUGCUUGAACUUCGUCGACGAGAACGACGAGGUCCUCCUGGCUGGUUUCGGUCGCAAGGGCAAGGCCAAGGGUGAUAUCCCCGGUGUUCGUUUCAAGGUCGUGAAGGUCUCUGGUGUCGGUCUGCUCGCUCUGUGGAAGGAGAAGAAGGAGAAGCCCAGAUCCUAA